UGUGGCUGAUGAAGUGCUGUCAUCAAUCAGAACAGUGGCUGCUUUUGGUGGGGAGAGGAAAGAAGUUGAAAGAUAUGAUAAAAACCUAGUGUUUGCACAGCGCUGGGGAAUUAGAAAAGGAAUGAUAAUGGGAUUCUUCACUGGUUACAUCUGGUUCAUAAUCUUCCUGUGUUAUGCAUUAGCCUUUUGGUAUGGCUCAAAACUUGUCCUUGAAGAAGAUGAGUAUUCACCUGGGACUCUCUUACAGGUUUUCUUUGGAGUCUUAAUAGGUGCUUUAAAUCUUGGUCAGGCUUCUCCUUGUUUGGAGGCUUUUGCCACUGGCCGCGGGGCUGCAACAAACAUCUUUGAGACGAUAGAUGCAAAACCUACCAUUGACUGCAUGUCAGAAGAGGGCUACAAGUUGGAUAAAAUAAGAGGUGACAUUGAAUUCCAUAAUGUAACAUUCCAUUACCCAUCCAGGCCCGAAGUAAAGAUUUUGGAUAAUCUUAGCAUGGUUAUUAAAUCAGGGGAUACAACCGCUUUUGUUGGACCCAGUGGAGCUGGGAAAAGCACCACAAUGCAGCUCAUCCAGAGGUUCUAUGACCCCUCUGAAGGCAUGGUUACCCUGGAUGGCCAUGACAUUCGCUCCCUUAACAUUCAGUGGUUGCGCUCACUGAUUGGUAUUGUUGAGCAAGAACCAGUCCUGUUUGCCACCACAAUUGCAGAGAAUAUUCGCUAUGGCCGUGAUGAUGCUAGUAUGGAAGACAUCAUCAAAGCAGCCAAGGAAGCCAACGCCUACAACUUUAUCAUGGAUCUGCCACUGCAAUUUGACACUCUUGUUGGAAAGGGUGGAGGCCAGAUGAGUGGAGGUCAGAAACAAAGGAUAGCUAUUGCUCGAGCCCUUGUCCGAAACCCUAAAAUCCUGCUACUAGAUAUGGCCACGUCAGCACUGGACAAUGAAAGUGAAGCUAUUGUCCAAGAAGCACUUCAUAAGGCACGCCUUGGGCGCACUGCAAUCUCAAUAGCUCAUCGUCUGUCCACAGUCAAAGCCGCUGAUGUCAUCAUUGGGUUUGAGCAUGGAAGGGCGGUUGAGAGAGGAACACAUGAGGAGCUACUGGAAAGGAAAGGGGUUUAUUUCACUCUGGUGACCUUGCAAAGCCAAGGAGACAAAGCACUUACUGAAACAGCAGUGGAAAAAAAUAACUUGCUUGUUACACCAAACCUUAAGAAAGACCAGUCAUUUAGCCGUGGGAGCUAUCAAAGCAGCUUGCGCGCUUCAGUUCGACAGCGUUCCAGGUCUCAGCUCUCUAAUGUAGUACCCAGCCAUCCAUUAUCAGUCACUGGAGACCAGUCAGACACUGUAUAUCGACUGCAUCAAUAUGAAGAAGGCACAUCUACACAAAAGACAUUUGAGGAGGAAGAAGAGGAAGUGGAGCCUGCACCAGUCACCAGGAUUUUGAAAUACAAUUCUCCAGAGUGGCCUUAUAUGUUGUUUGGAUCUGUUGGCGCAGCUAUGAAUGGGGCAGUCAAUCCACUCUAUGCACUAUUAUUCAGUCAGAUUCUUGCAACCUUUUCCAUGCCUGAUAAAGAAGAGCAAAGAGCACUGAUCAAUGGCAUCUGCCUGCUUUUUGUCCUUGUUGGAGCUGUAUCAUUUUUCACACAGUUCCUGCAGGGAUACACAUUUGCAAAAUCUGGUGAGUUGCUUACAAGACGGUUAAGGAAAAUGGGUUUCCAAGCUAUGCUAGGCCAAGAGAUUGGUUGGUUUGAUGAUCACAGAAACAGCCCUGGUGCCUUGACUACAAGACUUGCAACAGAUGCAUCACAGGUUCAAGGGGCUACCGGCUCUCAAAUAGGAAUGAUUGUCAGUUCCUUAACCAACAUUGGAGUGGCCAUUAUCAUUGCUUUCUACUUCAGCUGGAAACUAACUCUAGUUAUAAUGUGCUUCCUGCCCUUUUUAGCCUUAUCUGGAGCUGUGCAGGCUAAAAUGUUGACAGGAUUUGCCUCGCAGGACAAGCAAGCUAUGGAAACUACUGGGCAGAUUUCCAGUGAAGCCCUCUCUAACAUUAGGACUGUAGCUGGCAUAGGGAAGGAGAGAAAGUUUAUUGAAGCAUAUGAAGAACAGCUGGAAAUCCCAUACAGAGCUGCAAUCAGUAAAGCAAAUGUUUAUGGAAUCUGUUUUGGCUUUGCCCAAUGUAUAGUGUUCAUAGCCAAUUCAGUCUCUUAUCGAUACGGAGGUUUUUUGGUGGAGAAUGAAGGACUUCAUUAUAGCUAUGUGUUUAGGGUGAUAUCUGCUGUUGUGACCAGUGGCACUGCUUUGGGAAGAGCUUCUUCUUAUACUCCAAACUACGCUAAAGCAAAAAUAUCUGCUGCACGUUUUUUUCAACUGGUGGAUCGGGUUCCCCAAAUCAGUGUUUACAAUGAUAGCGGAGAAAAAUGGGACAAUUUCAAGGGAAACAUUGAAUUUAUCAACUGCAGGUUCACGUAUCCUUCUCGGCCUGACAUCAAAGUUUUGAACGGCCUCUCAGUGUCUGUUAAACCUGCGCAGACACUUGCACUGGUUGGAAGUAGUGGAUGUGGCAAAAGCACUAGCGUCCAGCUUCUGGAGCGCUUUUAUGACCCUGACAAAGGACGUGUGAAAUAUGAAACUAAUGUUGGGGCUCAGGGAUCCCAGCUUUCUCGUGGGCAAAAGCAACGCAUCGCUAUAGCUCGGGCCAUCAUACGAGAUCCUAAAAUUUUAUUAUUGGAUGAAGCAACAUCUGCCUUAGACACAGAAAGUGAAAAGACCGUGCAAGAUGCAUUGGAUAAAGCCAGAGAAGGACGGACCAGCAUUGUCAUAGCACAUCGGUUGUCUACAAUUCAAAACUCUGAUAUCAUAGCUGUCAUGUCUCAAGGAAUUGUUGUUGAAAAGGGCACUCAUAAUGAACUGAUGGCCAGGGAAGGAGCUUAUUACAAACUUGUCACCACUGGAGCACCAAUUAGCUGAUUUACCACAGGCUCUGUGUAAACUUGAAGGAUGAUAGUUUUCUAAAUGAGAACUCUGCAGUUGGUUUGGCAAUGUUGGUACCCCUUUAAGUUGUUGCAUGGUACAAAACUCUGUCAUAUGAUCAGUUACAUGGGACACUAUCAAGCCUAAAAUGUAUCUUGCCUUCUGGAGUCAGCAAGCCCUGUAGGAUCAUAUAUGGUGACUACAGAGUAGGCUGAUUUGUUCAAGAGAUAGCCUAGCCCAUUGUGCAAGGGAGAAAAGGAAUUUCCUGGUAAGAAAGCUCUUUAUCUGGGAGUUGUGGAGCUAUUAGAGGGUAGGGAGCUCGUGUAGUAGUCCGGCUGCACAGUGCCUUACUUGCUGGACUAAAUGUUAGUCAAGGAAGAAUCCACCCUGAAUAUUAGCAUGUCAGAGCAGGGACUGCUUCUUUUGGCAAGUAAAACAUAACACCAAGUACGAUACUAGCUUCUAUUUUAGUGGUGGGAUCAAAUAUUUUCUAACCUGAAGGUUUUACAGACAGAAUUAAAAUCGAUACUCUCAGUGUGGUUAUAGAAAACUUUUUUGCCUCAUUCUUUGGCUCUCUUGUCUAUUCAGCUUGUGAGCUCUUCCAGGCAAGGACUGUCUUUUACUGUGUGUGUUGUAUGGUGCCUAGCACCAGGGAGCCCUGACCUACAGUGGAGGAUCUAGCUGCUAUUUGGGACAUAAAUAAAAACUAAUAACAAUGAAGUCAGUUUCACGCCACUAUGCUAAGGAAAGAGAUUGAGACGAGGAACGAAAGCUGGUAAAGAUUAAUUCUUCUAAGUUAGCCACUUUAUUAAAGGGCCUCUGCUAACUGAUUUGAAUAUGAAUAAAUACUCAGUUAAAUCAAGUAACACAAUAAUUAUUUUUCACUGUUAUUUAAUUUCUUUCUUACCUUGAAACUGUGCUAGAUAAAUAGAGGAAU